AUGUCACAGACAAGAAUUAACGUUGUUGAAUCUAAUGAAGAAUAUAUGGUGGAAGAACCGAUCGAACAUCAUAAUUCUGCUGCAAAAGAUGUUGAAUCAUCCGAUGUCCAUGAAAGAACUACUAACGAUGAAGAAGGUUUCACAGAUUGUGAUGACGCUGAUGCGGAUGAAAACGAAGAUGGGAAAAGGAUAAUGGUUCGCUGCAAUGACAUAGAUCAGCCAGUUGGAAAAGAGGCUAAACAUCUUGGGGAUUUUCUUGGCUCGCUUGCAAGGAAUGGAUCACUAUGCUGCUUGAGCUACAAGGAUUGGAGAUUGCUCAAAACUAAAACAAAUGUAAAGGCUAUACUAGAUCAAGUGAAGAUGAGGUUCCUUUACCCUCCUCGCAUGGAAAAGUAUAUAUUGAAGAUAAUUGGAGAUAGAUGGAGGCAACAUAAGUCCGACCUGAAAGCAAUGUAUUUUGAUGAGAAAAAAAGCACCAAAGCCAAUUGCAACAAUAAACCAAAUUCCGUGACUCCGGAUCAGUGGAGAUCUCUAGUUAAUCAUUGGACAACCCAGAAAGCGAAGGGGAUUAGUGCUACAAACAGAAAUAAUUGUUCAAUGAGGAAGUCUACACAUACUAGUGGGACAAAAAGUUUCCCUCGUAAGAGGGAAGAAAUGAAAGAUGCAGAUCCUGAAAAGAAGUACCCUCAUAGGGCUCACUUGUUCAUGCACACGCACAAGCCGAAAACUUGCAAGAACAAAAUCAUUAAUGCUCAUGUGGAAGAAUUGAAAGAUAUUAUGGACAAGAACCCUGAAUUAGCAGAUAACAGCGAUGGAAAGACUGCAUGGAAAGGAGAUGCGUUGAACAAAGUAUUAGGGGAUGACAAGCCUAGCCAUGUACAUGGUUUGGGACUAGUUCCAAACCCAAAAAAACUUUUUGAUGUUUCCACUUCACAUGUAUUCCAGAAUACACAUUUUACUUUGGUGGAGGAUACACCAAAUGAAGAUAUGCUAGCUUUUAGAGUUGAAAUGGAAAAAAUAUAUCAAGUAAAUAAAAAUCAGGAUGCUAAAAUUAUGGAACUAGAGGAGAAGAUGAGAAGAAUGGAAAGACAACCAAAUCAGGAAAUUUCAGAUCCAAUGGCUACAAUUGGGCUUGAACCUUCGGUUGAUGGACACAACUCAAACAGAAAAAGAGUGCUUGCUCCUCAGGUUGAUGGACUCCAUCUUGUUAAAAAACGAUCAAAUAAUUUACAGAACAAGCCAAGUGGAUCAAACGAUGCAGAUUUGCAAGCAUCAAACAAGAAUUCUGUUUCAGAUAAGAACAAAGAAACUAUGGUUCAUAAUGGUGGCAGUUCACAACAACUAGAAAAAUGCUCUGCUGCACACAAGAAUGCUGUCCAGAACCAAGAAACUCCUCAUAAUUUCAGUGCUCAGCAAGGGGAAAUAAAUUCUGCUGCACAUAAGAAUGUUGUUCCGAACAAAGAAACUUUGCUUGAGAAUGUUAGUGCACGUCGAGGAGAAAAAACUUCUGUUGCAAACAAACUGACCAAAAAAACAACAAAAGGUGCCAAUGCAAGCAGUAAGAGUGCUCAAAGUGGUUCGCUGAGCUGGUUGGGUGCUAGUGAAUUACCUGCAGGAACUAAAGUAUUCUUGAAGAGCCUGAAAAACCAUAACAGGGAUGUAGCUCUUGCUACAGUUGUAAGUUGUGAUCCUAACUUUAAACUUGAUGGUGCUGAAAUUAGGAAUGAAUUCUGGGCAGUGCAUGUUGAUGUGGCACUUGUGAAAACUGAAAAUUUGGUACGGAGUCGCAAAAACUGCACUACUCUCGGUAAUGCAGAAAAAACAAAGAUUGCAUGGCCCUCUACCUUUAUUCAAAAGAUAAAUGGAUGA